AUGUCGGGCAACCAAAUCGAGCCGCCCUUCAGUCAGGGCUUUGGCUAUGGGUACAUCAUCGGUGUCGGUGCCCUCUUCGCCAUCGGCAUGUGUGUGGUAUCCUGGGGGUUGAGCCACUUCUUCGCCGAAAAGCAGACGUCUGAAAUGUUUAUGACGGGCAAGAGAUCGGUCAAAACUGGCUUGACAGCUUCCGCCGUCGUCUCGUCGUGGACGACGGCUGCUACCAUGCUCACAUCGACCACCGAGGGCUAUCUGUUUGGCAUAUCCGGGCCUUUCUGGUACGGCGCUGGAGCUUCGGUGCAAAUCCUCCUCUUCUCGGUUGCCGCCAUUGAGCUGAAGCGCAAAGCCCCAAACACGCACACGCUGUUGGAAUUUGUACGCACGCGCUACGGAGCCGCAGCCCAUUGCGUUCUGGGCUUCUAUUCUCUCUUCUUUAUCUGCGUCAUGGGCAUCAAUCUCCUCGUGGGAGGCUCCGCCGUGUUCGCAACUCUUACGGGGAUGAACCAAGAUGCGGCGUGCUUCCUCUUCCCCGUGGGCGUGGUACUAUAUUCUCUGGCGGGAGGACUCAAAGCGACCUUUUUGACGGAUUGGGUGCAUACAGUGGUCAUCUACAUGAUCAUGUUGAUGUCUCUUUUCGUGGUAUACUCUACCUCGAAGGUGGUCGGCUCGCCCAGCGUCAUGUUUGAUCUCCUGACGGAAGCUGCACAACUCCAUCCCGUGGGUGGCAACCAAGACGGGUCAUAUCUCACCAUGAGAAGUGUCCAAGGAGGCUUCCUGGGCCUGAUCUUCGCUGGAGCUGGGUUCGGCGGCUGCGUUGACCCUCAACUCGCCCAGAAAGCCAUUGCUGCCAACCCGGCCAGCACCCUGAUGGGCUAUCUCUUCGGUGGCACCGCAUGGUUUUCCAUUCCAUUCUGUCUGGCCACGACUUACGGUCUUCUCGCCGCGGCGACCGAACAUCUCCCUGCUUUUCCCACAUAUCCAAACCGGAUGAACGCCUUCGAGGUUGCUUCUGGCAUGGCAAUGCCUUACGGUGCCAUGGCGGUGAUGGGUAACGGUGGCGCAGCUGCUAUCCUGACCAUGAUCUUCAUGGCGGUAACGUCCUCCUUUUCCUCCGAGACCAUGGCUGUCACUGCUUUCAUGACAUACGAUGUCUAUCAAGCCUACAUCAACCCCAAGGCCACCGGAAAGCAGCUCGUUCGGUUUGGUCAUUUCAUGGUGCCGGCUUUUGCUGUCUUUGCCGCCGCAAUUGCAGUCGGACUGAACCAUGCAGGAUUCAACGUCUCAUUCAUUGUCACGGCCGUCGGUAUCUUUGUCGACGGUGCUUUCAUUCCCAUGGCCUGUUCGAUUUUCUGGCGUAAACAGAACCUCCUCGCCGUCACACUGUCACCCAUCAUCUCGUCGAUCGCGGGUAUCCUCGCGUGGUUCUUGGUCGCAAGACACGAAUCGGGUCAUAUCUCCAUUACCACGCUUUCAAGCAAUCUCGCCCUUGUUGCUGGAAACAUGAUGUCUCUUCUCGGGCCGGUCGUGCUGGUGCCGUUGUUGACCUUCAUCAAGCCAGACAACUAUGAUUGGGAAUUACUCAAAAAGAUCAAACUGGCAGAAGACGCCCUCGAUGGCACCGCAGGGCUCGAAUCCCCGCCACAGUUUCACGUCGUGGCAGAAGAGACCAUGAGGAGUCCCUCGGAGGUCCAGCGCGAAGAUGAAAACGCCAUGCUCCUCCGAGCAAGGAGGAAUGCAAUCUGGGUAUCCGUCGGCUUGACAUUGGCCUACGUGCUCCUAUGGCCUAUUCCCAUGUAUGGUAGCCGCUACGUGUUUAGCAAGCAUUUCUUCAUCGGCUGGAUUGUCGUGGCCUUCCUCUGGGCCUUCUACGCAUCGACCGUCAUCACGUUGCUUCCCAUCUGGGAAGGACGGAGGAGCAUCGUCGCAUUCUGCCGGUUCCUCAUCACGCCAAAGGCCAAGAGACUCGAAGCCACGGCCGAAAUCGUGGAGAAAUCCCACGUCUCGGAAUCAAAAUCAGCAGCAGGUCAAGUGACGAUGGUGGCGACCCAUCCUGAGAAAGGGGCUUCGGCGCAGGACAGCGAAACCCUCGAAAAUUAA